CUGGGACUAGGUUUCGGCGGCCGCUGCGAUGACCCAAAUAAAGGCAGAUCCCGAAGGGCCCGAGGCUCAGGCGGAGGUGUGUUCCGGGGAGCGCACCUACCAGGAGCUGCUGGUCAACCAGAACCCCAUCGCGCAGCCCCUGGCUUCUCGCCGCCUCACGCGGAAGCUCUACAAAUGCAUCAAGAAAGCGGUGAAGCAGAAGCAGAUUCGGCGCGGGGUGAAAGAGGUUCAGAAAUUUGUCAACAAAGGAGAAAAAGGGAUCAUGGUUUUGGCAGGAGACACACUGCCCAUUGAGGUAUAUGGCCAUCUCCCAGUUAGGUGUGAGGACCGAAAUCUGCCCUAUGUCUAUAUCCCCUCUAAGACGGACCUGGGUGCAGCCGCAGGCUCCAAGCGCCCCACCUGUGUGAUAAUGGUCAAGCCCCACGAGGAGUACCAGGAGGCUUACGACGAGUGCCUGGAGGAGGUGCAGUCCCUGCCCCUACCCCUAUGAGGGGCUCCGGUAGCACCUGGGCACCUGCCGCUGGAAGCUACUGGGCUGACGGCAGGACGACUGGCUGUCCUCCUGCCCACCCACACUGACGGCAUCUUCCCAGUUCCCCAAGGCACGCCUUCUUCCCAGGCAGCUCUAACAGCCCUUUCAUGAAGGUAAUGCUAGUCUUCUGUCCAUCAGUGCCAUUUCCUGUAGAACUAAAGGCUGUUCCAAGAAUGUAGGGUGGAGAAAGUAAAUGCUAAGACUAAAAAAAAAAAAAAAAAAAAAAAAUUGGCUGGGCA